GGGUGAGGAAGGGACAGAGGAGAGAGAUAGAGCGAGAGGAAGGCAGUGUUAGUGGAAGAGGUUCUCCCUGGCAUUCACUCCACCUCAGUCAGCAGACAUGGCCAACUUUUCCGGCAUCUGGAAAAUGAAGAGGAGCGAAAAUUUCGAUGAACUUCUCAAAGCUUUGGGCGUGAACGCCAUGCUGAGGAAGGUGGCGGUGGCGGCCGCCUCCAAUCCCCACGUGGAGAUCCGGCAGGACGGUGAACAGUUCUACAUCAAGACGUCCACUAGUGUGCGCACCACCGAGAUCAGCUUCCACAUCGGCAAGGAGUUUGACGAGGAAACAGUGGACGGGAGAAAGUGCAAGAGUCUCGCCACCUGGGAGUCGGACACCAAGAUCAGCUGUCAGCAGACUCUGGUGGACGGGGACGGACCAAAAACCUUUUGGACCCGAAAACUCAGCGGCGAUGAGCUGACGCUGGUUUUUGGGGCCGAUGACGUUUUGUGCACUCGCGUUUACGUGCGGGAAUGAAGCUCCAGAAUGCAGCGGACGACUCAUACAGGACCACAGUUCAAAUGCUAACAAGCUAAGCUACAGUAUUCCACAGAAGUAGUGCAUGUUCUCCCCGUGCCUGCGUGGGUUUUCUCCGGGCACUCCAGUUUCCCCCCACAUCCCAAAAACAUGCAGGGUAGGUUAAUUGAAGACUCUAAAUUGCCCGUAGGUGUGAACGUGAGUGCGAAUGGUUGUUUGUUUCUAUGUGCCCUGUGAUUGGCUGGCAACCAGUUCAGGUUCCUGCCUGAUGAUAGCUGGGAUAGGCUCCAGCACUCCUGCGACCCUUGUGAGGAUAAGCGGCUCAGAAAAUGGAUGGAUGGAUAGUUUCCACACACAUUAGUAAGGCUCUCUUUGUUAUCACACUGAUGUUCAACCACACGAAACAAUAAAACUUUGACGAAAAUAAAAAAAAAACAUGUCAAAGCCUCUUUGUAGCUAAUUGGCUUUAGCAUCAAAGCAAACGUUGAUAUUUACCCCUGCCCCCCCAAAAAAGUAUCACAGGACACCAUGUUCUUCAUUUUUCUCCUGCAUUCAAAUAAAGUUGAUAGGAGAAAGCCGAGUUAUACUCGGAUAAGAAUAAGUAAAAAUUCUAAUUUAAAAACCAAAAAGUAAUUUUCUACGACAAGUUUUUUUUUUUUUUUUUCAGAAAAUCUAUUCGUUUUUCAAAAGAAAAAACUCUAACAUUACAAGAACAGUCAGAGGGGAAAAAAACAAAAAACCCCAAAAACUAAAGUUUUAUUAUUAGAACUAAAAGUCAAAGGAAGUUUUUAGGGGACAAAAAACUUGUAUUUUUAAAUGAAAAAGAGUCAUUAUUUUCAAAGAAGAAAAAGGCUUCAUUUUUGGGAGAGAGUCGUAAUGUUAUGAAAAUAAAGUUAUAUUUCUUUAACUUUUUCAGAGAAAAUCGUAAUUUGAAGAGAAUAACAGAUGUUUUUAGCUUCUUCAAAAACUUUAUCUUUGAGAAAAAGGGGUGUACUGGUACAAGAAUAAAUAUAAAAAAAACAAUCAUAUUUAUAGCAUUAUUUUUCAGAUUUUUUCAUUAAAUGUCUUUUUGAUCAUUUUUUUGUUUUAGAAAAAGUCAAUCUUAUUAGAGUAAAAUAUAUAUUUUUUUCAAGUAAAAAAGUGUUGCAGUACUAAAAUAAAGCCCUAUUUUUCUAGGUUAAAAGUGUCUUUGCAAGCAAAAGGGUUGCAUUUUU